GUGUUUCUGUUGAUAUGAGAAGUGUCGUGGUCGUGGUCGUGUCAUGUGCAAUUUGAUAAUUUGAUUCUCCAACUUGCAAACUUUCCUCAUCAAAAUGAAGAGAAAUAUAAUUUUAAAAGAGCUAAUAGGAGCUCCUGACAAGGAAAAUGACGAAGACUUUGACGACAAUAUAUUCAAGGGAGAUGAUGCUUACAAAGAUGUCAACACUGAACUUCUUGAUGAAGAUCAUGAUGAUUAUGGCGAUAUAGGAAGAGGAAACUUGCGCACCUCUGCACCUUUGGAUGAAGAUCUGAACGAAGCAUAUCAAGGGAAGGCUGUGUCAAGGCAGCGCGCUUUCAAGAAUUAUGUGAACUCAAUCGACGCUGAUGAUGAAGAAAUUGAAAGCGGCAGCGAAGGAGAAAGUGGCGACACGUCUGGUGAUGAAGAUGAAGACACAGAAGACUGGAAUAUCGGUGGCAAGAGCAGCGCUAGCAGAGGUGUUGCAUGGGCAGACGAAGACGAUGAUGAAGAUGAAGAUGAUAUUGAUGAAGAUGGAGGAGGAGAACAAGGAGAUGAUGAGGAAAUGGAUGAGAAAGGUAUGUCAGAUGCUAGUUCCAUAGAAGAUGAUCUAGGAAGCGACAAUGAGAGGAAAUCUGUCGAUAAAGAUUUUGUAGUCUACUCAAAAGGUGUGAAAAAAGAAACUGAUGAAAAGAAAAAAGGCGGUGCAAUUUUAAAACAACAAGAAUUGUGGGAAACAUUGCUUGAAAAUCGAAUAGUCCUUCAAAAAUGUUUACUAGCAGCGAACAAACUUCCAGUGCACGAAGAAUUUCCAGAUUUUCAAGCAGCUUGUGGAAAUGAAUUCAAGGAUAAAAUGAACAAUUGCUGUGAUAAAUUAUGUCAAGUCUUAGAAAAAUUGCUGAAAUUUCAGAACAAACUCAUCGAUGCCUGUCCAGAUUACAAGAGAAAAAGAAAAAAUCACCUUGGACCUAAUGAAGAAUCUGGAGAUCAGACUCCAUUUAAAAAGCAGAAAUUGAAAGUUUACGAGAACUCGCUGAGUGAUGUGCAUGAAGAUUUCAAAGACUAUAGGGACACUGAAAUUCAAAAGUGGAAUGACAGAACGAAAAUUUCAUCAGGGAAGUUUGCAACCUCCAAUUUCUCUGCUUUUGACCAGCCGACAUUGAAACAGAUUGAGCAGAUUUUAAGUGAUAAGCCAAGGCUCAUUCGACGCACACAAACCAAACGAACCAAAUACAGAAUUUGUAGUCUCCAAUCCAGAGAUCAGGAAGAGGAAGACGAAGAAGGCAUCAACCCCGAGAUUUUUGAUGAUAGUGAUUUUUACCACAAAUUAUUGCGAGACCUAAUUGAACGCAAAUCGGGUGAAGUUACAGACCCAACUCGUCUUGGAAACCAAUGGAUCCAACUUCAAAAACUAAGCAGUAGAAUGAAGAAGAAAGUCGAUACGCGUGCCAGCAAAGGACGAAAGCUAAGGUUUGUCGUUCAUCCAAAAUUAGUGAAUUUUAUGUCUCCUAUUGAGUCUGAAGGUAUCAAUGAAGAGGCCACUAAAGAACUGUAUUCUUCCUUAUUCGGGAAAUUCAAGGUGUGAGAACACCCUGAUUUGUUGCCCCUGUCUAUCAGUUGUUAAUUUUUAGUUCUCCCUUUUUAAUGCAGUUAAGUUAUUACAAGUUUGAAGUUUUGUAAUAAAACAGCAUAAAAAUUAAAAUGGACUACCUACAUU